UGAAUCAUCGUCGUGGAAGCAGAACAUCCACAAGAACAUGACGAUCUGCAAAUUCUAUCAGCCACACAAUCACAGACGUGUCCAACAAGUUCUGUGUAUCUUGGACCCCAAGUAACCGUGUCGCGACGUCGAAAAUUUCUCGACCCAUCUCAGAUUCCACCACCGAAAACCCAAUUCUUAAUUCCCCACUUCUCGAAAAUUCUUUAUAAACCCCCCCUUUUUCACAACCAUCGUGAAUCUGGGUUCAUCAUCAGAAUUCUCAUAAUGGGUAUGGUGUUCGGUAAGAUCGGAGUAGAGACGCCGGAAUACAAGGUCGUAAAAUCCGGGGACGGCUACGAAGUCCGGGAAUAUCCUCCGGCCGUCGUGGCGGAGUUCACGUACGACCCGUCGGAGUUCAAGGGUAACAAAGACGGAGGCUUCACCGUCUUGGCCAACUACAUCGGAGCGUUGGGUAAGCCGCACAACGAGAAGCCGGAGAAGAUCGCGAUGACGGCGCCGGUGAUCACGAAGGAGGGGGAGAAGAUCGAGAUGACGGCACCGGUGGUGACGAAGGAAGGAGGAGGGAAGACGGUGACGAUGCAGUUCGUGUUACCGGCGAAGUACAAGACGGCGGAGGAGGCGCCGAGGCCGACGGAGGAGAGGGUGGUGAUAAAGGCGGAGGGGGGGAGGAGGUACGGCGUGGUGAGGUUCAGUGGGGUUGCGACGGAAGCGGUGGUGAAGGAGAAGGCGGAGAAGCUAAGGACUGAUUUGGAGAGAGAAGGCGUUAAAGUCACCGGAGAUCUUGUGCUGGCGAGGUAUAAUCCGCCAUGGACUCUGCCAUGGUGCAGGACCAACGAGGUCAUGAUCCCUGUGGAAUGAAUCCGAUGAAACCCCUAACCACCAGAUCCAAAGUUUCAUACCUUUUUCUGUUGCAGUUCAAGAACUUGUCUUCUCUAUGAAAUGAUGUUAUAUAAAAUGUAAUGAUCAAUGUGUUUGUGGUUUCGAGAA